UGAGUUGCUUAAGAUUCUGUAAACUAGUAUAGACCUCUGUACAGACAUGCUGACCGGGUAGGCAAUUCGAUUCAUUUGAUUUUUCAAGAUCUCGACGGUGACAUUUCCCUCCAUUCGAAAAACCCGGAUGAGGAUGUCGUCUCGCCGGCGCGACCGUGGAUCCACCGACACCUCCCGUGCCACGACCGACAACUGACACUGUAUCGCCGAGCGGGACUCAACCCAGCACGCCAGCAGCAGCAGCUAGCCAUGAUGACGCCACCGUCGCCAUCGACCCCUGUCUCUCCCCUGCUUCUCCUCCUCCUGUUCGUCCUCGUCUCGUCCUCCUCUGCUUCGCUCUACGACACCUUCCUCCAAUGCCUCCUCAACCACACCCAGGUGCUCCAGCAGCAGCAGCAGCAGCAGCAGCAAGAACCCUCCCAGAUCCUCCACGCGCCGACCAACUCGUCGUUCCCGACCCUCCUCGGGUCCCUCAUCCGCAACCGCCGCUUCGGCACCUCCUCGACCCCGAAGCCCCUCCUCAUCCUCACUCCCUCCCAGCCGUCCCACGUCCAGUCCGCCGUCCUCUGCGCCAGGAGGACCGGCACGGAGGUCCGUAUCCGGAGCGGCGGGCACGACUUCGAAGGUACCUCCUACGUCUCCCGCGCCCCUUUCUUGAUUCUCGACAUGUUUAAUUUUCGGUCCGUCGAUGUGGAUGUCGAACGAGAGACUGCUUGGGUCGGAAGCGGAGCGACUAUUGGGGAAUUGUACUAUAGGAUCUGGGAAAAGAGUGGGCUUUAUGGGUUUAAUGCUGGGGUUUGCCCGACCGUCGGCGUCGGUGGGCAUUUGAGCGGUGGCGGAUACGGGAACAUGUUGCGGAAAUAUGGGUUGGCGAGCGAUAAUGUGGUCGACGCGCAGAUUGUGGAUGUCGAGGGUAGAGUUCUUGAUAGGAGCUCGAUGGGCGAGGAUUUGUUUUGGGCUAUUAGAGGAGGAGGUGGGGCGAGUUUCGGAGUGAUAUUGGGUUAUAGAGUGAAGCUUGUCCCUGUUCCGAACGUGGUUACUGUUUUUAGAGUGGCGAAGACGAUUCAGGAAAACGCGACUGAGCUUGUCUAUCAGUGGCAGAACGCUGCGCCAAGGACUGAUAAUGAUUUGUUCAUGAGGCUCUUGCUUCAGCCUGUUAGUUCCAAGAUACAAAAAGGAGCUAAAACAGUUAAUGCCUCUGUUUUGGCUCUGUUUCUUGGAAAUGCGGAUAGGCUGGUUUCACUGGUUAAUGAGGAGUUUCCGGAGUUGGGUUUGAAGAAAGAGGAUUGUGCAGAGAUGAGCUGGAUUGAGUCGGCUCUCUGGUGGGGGGACUUCGAUAGUGGUACGGCCGUGGAAGCUCUGCUCGACAGAAUGCCUAAGUCGGUGAAUUUCUUGAAGAGGAAAUCAGAUUAUGUCCAGCAACCAAUGUCGAGGGAGGAAUUGGAGUUGCUUUGGGAUAAGAUGAUUGAAUUGGGAAAGGUUGGAUUCGUGUUCAAUCCAUAUGGAGGAAAAAUGGGUGAAAUCCCUAUGUCAGAUGCUCCAUUUCCUCAUCGAGCUGGGAAUCUGUUUAAAAUACAGUACUCGAUCAGUUGGAGUGAAGAUGGAAUCGAAGCAGAGCAAAGUAAUCUGGCUGAAAUAAGAGAGCUUUAUAAUUUUAUGACUCCAUAUGUGUCGAAAAAGCCACGAAGGGCUUUUUUGAACUAUAGGGACCUUGAUAUCGGGAUAACUGAUAAUGGUGAAAAUAGCUACAGGGAAGGCACUGUGUACGGGGUGAAGUACUUUGCUGAAAACUUCAAGAGAUUGGUGAAAGUUAAGACAGCAGUUGAUCCACAGAACUUCUUCAGGAAUGAGCAAAGUAUUCCUGUUCUUCCAAGAUCCUCCUCGGCCAUGACUCAGUAUUUAGGGUCAACAGAGACAACUGGAAAAAUGACUGUCUUGGUUAUCUUCUUCCUCUUUCUGAAGGAUCUCAUGACCAUCUUUUCCUAGAAACGAGGGCCAACAUCUUCUUGAGGGAAGUUAGACUUGCUCAGCUGCCUCUUUGAAAGGAAGGAGAAAAACGAUAAUGCUCCAUCCUGUGCUGUCAGUUGGAAUUGAUUAGUUGGCUACUGACACAUGCAAGGAAGAGGAUACAUCUGCUGCUCAACUUAGCUGCUAUCAUUGAUUGCUUUUGGUGGGGGAACUCCAGUAGAUUGGUUUCCCGGGAGGACCAGGAGGAAUUGAAGUCUGUGGCAGAAUGUUGCUUAGUGGCACUUGUUGAUUGCUGCCUGUGGAGAAACUCUGUAAUAUUGAUAUGCCAGGAGGACAAAGGAGGGUUCGAGGUUUGUGGCCAAAUAUUGCUCAGUAUGGUUGGUAUAGAAAAGAGGGAGAAAGGAUUCUGUUAUUGAUCAUUAUUAGUCGAUUGUUGUCAGUUUACCUAGAGAAUAAACCAAUAAUAAAGAAGACACAAUUAUGAAUUGAUUUAAGGAUAUAUAUGUGGACAAACUCAUGUGAUUUUCAAAGUCCAACCUGUUACAGCCAAUAACACAAAGCGUUAUUCAGAUAUUCAACCUAUAUCUCUGAGUUCAAUGAGCAUCCUCUCAUCCCAUUUAGACAUUGUCGUAUCAUGGAGUGAAGUGCAUCCAGUUGACCUUUUACAGCAGACAUCUCUCCAUAUCAUGCUUCGCUUGUAGAAAGGAUAAUGCUGCUUGAUGAAUUCUCUCGUUCUCCUCCACCUUUCUUUCAUUGUCUUCUAACUUCUGUAGGGUGUGGCACACUUCAUCAUCGUUUCUAGAUUGCCUGUACCUUUGUGACAUUGAGAGUCAUACUGAAACAACACCAAGUCCAUACGGAUGUUCUUCGAUCUAGUCCCUGUAGAAACUAUUUUGGAUGGAAGAAGAACCCAAGGAGAGCAGAUUGAAUUCAUUCUUGUAUAAAAGCAGUUGCUUUAUUGAUUAAAUAUUAUAAGCCUUGAUAGAAUUUGAAAGCUAGAAAAAUGAUGAAGUUACAUAUAUCAAAGAGAACAAACAGAAAAGUUACUUUUUAUCUAGAACAUGGACUGGUCUGCAGUGGAUUAAUCAUGGAGAUCCAUUCCACAAAACUGGAUCGAUCUAUAUAGACCAGUCCUGUUUUUGACUGGUUUGAACUGAUUUGUAAGAUCAGUGCAGUUUAUGGCAAUGCCAACCAGUCCAUGCGUGCGGAUAAAAUAAUUGCUUGUCUGGUGUUCUCUUUGAUGUCUGUAACUUUGACAUUUGUCUAGCCUUCGGAUUUCAUAUUUUCACAAUGGCUUACAAUAUGUUUAGAAUAAAGCAGCUGCUUUAGUAUACAAACGACUUCAAUCAAGGGACUCUUCGGAUUUAAUCUCUGUCAAUUAGUGUCGUCUGCAAAUUGUUGAUGGAAGAGGAUUAGUAUGGAAGAGUGGCAGAUUAUGGGCUUGGUGUCACUUAUACAUGACUCUCAACAUCACAAACGUAUAGAUGAUCUAGAAAUGAUGAUGAAGAGCGCCACACUGGGAGAAGUCAGAGGAGAAUGAGAGAAAGUUGGAGAAGAAUGAGAGAAACCAUCAAGUGACGUUCUUAGCUCUGCUGUGAAAGGUCAAUUGAAUGCACGUCAUUCUGUAACACAACACCUGAAUGGGAUGCGAGGAUGGUCAUUGGACUUAUAGGUAUAGGUUAAAUUUCUAAGUAAAGUUACAUAUUUCCUGUAAUUGAUACAUAAUUGUCUUCUUGAUAAUUAUCUGUUGCCCCCCAUUCACGUUAAACUAUUGUCUCUGGUUUAUACAGUUUGAUUCGGCUAGUCAAACUCCUAACGACACCGUUUAACUAUUUGGAAGAAAAGUCAGUGGUGAAUAAGAAGAUAGUGCAGUCUUGGUGCUUUGUGUCUGUCUGAUGUGUCAUUUCAGUUCUAUCAACGCUAUUGCUUACACUAGAUUUCCUUCGGUUGAUGUCAUUAUGUAGUCAAAUGAUAAUGCUGUGGACAAUGUUAUAUUUGAUAACUUUAAAAUCUAAUUGUUGGUUAUAUUUACACUUGAAUACAUUCGGGAUCUUUCUUAGCUCUAUUGUACCGUCAGUUGUUAAUUAUUCAUGUCGUUGGG